GUCCUCACUAGUCCACAUAGACAAAAGUUUGAAAUCACCUAAACGCCCUUUCAUCGGCACUUUUUCGAUGAGAUGACCGAAAUCUACCGAACAGUUUCCACCGGACGACGAAGAGACGACGUUUCGCCAACUAAAUGCCGUGAGCGCCGUCGUCGGAGAAUCGAGAUGCGGAGGCAAGCGGCGGUUUACGGCGAACCAAGUUCGUCUUCUUCGUCGUCUAAGAACCGUGAAGAGACUAUCUACUCAGGCUUUGUUCCACUGAGAAAACAUGCACGGAUGGCCACGACGGCGGCGGAGAUGAGCGGUCUUCCGGCGGACGUCGGAGGUGUCUUUCCGUCUCCGACUUCCUCUCACAAGAAACCCGAAGCUAUAGUGUGGAAGGGAGAAGAGGCAGACGAUGAGCCGAUGUACGGAGUAGUUUCAGUGAUGGGAAGAUCACGUAAGAUGGAAGAUAUGGUUACUGUUAGACCGAGUUUGUGUAAACCGGAGAUUAACCAGCAAAACCCGGUUCAUUUCUUCGCUGUUUACGAUGGUCAUGGCGGUUCUCAGGUGUCAACAUUGUGCAGCACGACGAUGCACACGUUAGUCAAGGAGGAGCUGGAGCAACAACCAGGUUGCAAGUUCGAAGGGGCAGGAAACGACGUCGUGGAGGAGAAAUGGCGGGGAGUGAUGAGGAGGAGUUUCGAGAGGAUGGAUGUGCUGGCGAUGGGGACUUGCAUGUGUAUGACGAGUGCGUCUCUUUGCAACUGCGACCCGAGGGAGGCUGCGAUUUCGGGUUCUACUGCGGUUGCGGCGGUUCUGACGAAAGAGCAUAUUGUCCUAGCCAACACUGGUGACUCACGUGCGGUGUUGUGUCGGAAUGGAAUGGCUAUUCCUCUGAGUAGUGAUCAUAAGCCGGAUAGACCGGACGAGCGUGCGAGGAUUGAAGCAGCUGGUGGUCGAGUUUUAGUAGUGGACGGAGCUAGAGUUGAAGGAAUUCUAGCCACUUCGAGGGCUAUAGGAGAUAGGUAUCUAAAACCAAUGGUAGCAUGGGAACCAGAAAUAGCCUUCAUGAGAAGGGAAUCUGGAGAUGAAUGCUUAAUCUUAGCAAGCGAUGGCCUCUGGGACGUGCUCUCAAGUCAGCUAGCUUGCGACAUAGCUAGAUUUUGUCUCCGUGGAGAUACUCCCUCGGGCCUUGAUCUGAACGAAACGGCUCAAGAAGACGACAGUGAAGGACAAGGAUCAGGACAGAAUCCUUCAAGGAGUGUAUUAGCUGCAACGUUACUUACGCGGUUGGCUUUGGGUAGACAAAGCAAUGACAAUAUAAGUGUGAUUGUCAUUGAUCUCAAGAAUAGCUCUCCAUAGUACUUAAUGCCAAGUAAUAAGAAAUGGUGAUAUACCGAUGCGCUUUAAUUAGUUUAAGGGUUUAGCACUUGUCUCUUGUUUGUUAUGAUUGGGCUUGCGAAACAUUAACAACGGCGAAUGUGAAGAAGUAAGAAGAGUGGGUUGGACUUUGGGCAUGGGCUAUGUUAAGGUUAUAUUUGCUUAUAAAAUACAAAGCGUUAACUUUAAAAAUAUGUGCUCUCUAAUUGUGUUUACUUCUGGGUUUGGCAACCAUCUUGAAGUUACUAGUUAAUU